UUUGUUUUGCAUAACACUUGACAUGAGAUCUGAUAGCAAUUGAGUGAUAGAUCAGUGAAUUGUGUGAACAAUGAGUGAACCGACAGUUAAUUCAGAUUUACUUCUUUGCGAGAAUCAGUUCUACACGAAAGCCAAUGAAGUCAAGUCACUGUUGAUCACCAAAAAGGCACAGAAAGAGGCCAUCACUGCGUCCAAGGAUGGCCUCAAAACCCAGAGGAUAGCAUCGAGUGUGCUGAGUCGAGCCAAAGAGUUUUUGGACAAAACCAAAGACACGCCAAUUGAGACACAAACG